CAAACGAUCACUAAAACUACAUUCGUCAAGACGAGUUUUAUGUUGAAAGUCUUGAGCGGAAGUGCGCCGUCUCAUUGCGGUUCAUGUGACUCUUCUGUUACACGGCUCUCCAUCUUGGAAAAAAAUAAAAAACACUGACAGGGGCGUGGAGCAAUUGUACGAGAAAAUUACUGGGACUGUGGUGGAAAAAAAACGAGGGGGAAUUGUGUUUGUACGCCGAAUUAGUUUUGUAUGCGUCGAGUAGGUUCGGAUACGAUUUUUUUCUGUCGGUAAAAUGGGAAACUGCCACACCGUCGGACCAAACGAGGCCCUUGUAGUUUCAGGUGGCUGCUGUGGCUCAGAUGAAAAGACGUAUGUCGUGGGAGGUUGGGCAUGGGCCUGGUGGCUCAUCUCUGACGUCCAGAGAAUGUCUCUGGAGGUUAUGACCAUCCUCUGUCGCUGUGAGAAUAUCGAAACCUCGGAGGGUGUUCCCCUGGAUGUGACAGGGGUGGCUCAGGUGAAGGUGAUGACAGAGAGUGAACUGCUGGGUUACGCCUGCGAACAGUUCCUGGGGAAGUCAGUCCUGGAGAUCAAAAGUGUCAUCCUGCAGACCCUCGAGGGUCACCUGCGUGCCAUCCUUGGCACCCUAACUGUUGAGCAGAUUUACCAAGACAGAGACAAAUUUGCCACCCUGGUGCGAGAGGUGGCAGCACCUGAUGUUGGUCGCAUGGGCAUCGAGAUCCUCAGCUUCACCAUCAAGGAUGUAUAUGAUAAAGUGGAGUACCUGAGCUCACUGGGCAAAACUCAGACAGCUGCAGUACAGAGAGAUGCAGACAUCGGAGUGGCAGAGGCAGAGCGAGACGCUGGUAUCAGGGAAGCUGAGUGCAAGAAAGAGAUGAUGGAUAUAAAGUUCUUAGCUGACACAAAAAUGGCCGACUCAAAACGAGAGCUGGAAAUGCAGAAAGCUUCCUUCAACCAGGAAGUGAACACAAAGAAAGCAGAGGCUCAGCUGGCUUAUGAGCUGCAGGCAGCCAAAGAGCAGCAGAAGAUCCGUCUGGAGGAGAUAGAAAUCGAGGUGGUGCAGAGGAAGAAACAGAUCACCAUUGAGGAGAAGGAGAUCGACCGCACUGACAAGGAGCUCAUUGCCACUGUGAAGAGACCUGCUGAGGCUGAAGCCUACAAGAUGCAGCAGCUGGCUGAGGGGCAGAAGAUAAAGAAGGUGCUGACGGCACAGGCAGAGGCUGAGAAGAUCCGCUGCGUCGGUGAGGCAGAGGCCGCCUCCAUUGAAGCGGUGGGAAAGGCAGAGGCUGAGAAGAUGAGGCUGAAAGCUGAAUCCUACCAGCAGUAUGGAGAGGCUGCUAAGACAGCUCUGGUCCUGGAGGCUCUGCCCAAGAUUGCCGGUAAGGUGGCUGCACCCCUGUCUAAGACCAACGAGAUCGUCAUCCUGAGCGGAGAAGGCAGCCGCGUGACCGGAGAGGUGAACCGCUUAUUAGCUGAACUCCCCGUCUCUGUCAACGCCCUCACUGGGGUGGAUCUGACUAAGAUCCCUCUGCUUCAGAAGAUGACCAGCCCACAGUGCCAAACAGCCAUGUGAUGAAUCAGGCCAGAGACUCAUACUCUGAAUCCUCCAACGUAUAUCUGCCUCAAGCAUGAAAACAGUUUUUUCAGCCUCUUGACCCCUUAUGCAACUGCCUUUGACCAGAACACUUGACACCAACCAAGAGGGUUUUUGUAUUUUUAAGAGGUUUUUAAUUUUCUAAAGGAGAAAACGCUGGAGCCUUCUAAAGGACCAGACUGUAUGUAUCAUCUGUUGGUUUUUUUUAAGUUCUCGUUUUAGACACGUUGAUUUUGAUCACACUGAAUUUGUUAGCCAGGAUUAUAUGCUGCAAUGCUGCUCAGUCGUACCAGUCACCAGAGACAAAAGUCAGCUUUAAUGUUGUGUUGAACAUCAUUUGUAGAAGAAAAACCCCCACAGUCUUCAGACACCACAGUCAACAGUAGGUGUUGGAAAGAGUCCAAAAUAUUGAGGACAAAUCUGAAUAUUUUACUCCUCUCCAGAGCUGUCUAAAUUUCUGCCUGGAGUUCGGAGCGCUUUACCUCCCUGUCAGCUGUUAGGACAUUCAUUCACCUCUGGGAGCGGAGCAGAGUGUGCCAGCUCCUGCCUCUUCAUUAAACCGUGAUUCACCUAAUGCUCGUAGCCCAGCUGGUGAAGUAGCUUGCAGCAGACUGAGCACAGUGUGAAAUAGGUUACUUUUAAUUUCCUCUUUCUUUAAAGUGUGAUUCUUACAGAUUAUUUAGAUUUACCGCUAACUCAGAGAGAACUUGAUGGAUUACCACACUUAACAAGCUGUUUCACUUAACGCUCACCAGAUCUUCACCCACUGUGAUUGUAUAAUUUCCAGUAGAUUACAGUAUCUGAUAUUUGAAUCAUUUGUAUGAAAAUCCUUACCUCGUGGUUUAUCGUCACGUUGCCUGUCUUCUCGUUAUGAUGUGCAGUGCCUGUUCACCACUCAAGUGCCCAAACCUUAGGACAGUGGUUUGGCUUUAGUUGGAUUUAUGUCAGAGUGUAUCACUGUGUUAUAGAUGGAUGAUGUUUAAAUAUUGCUCCCUGUUCUUGUAACAUCUGCUUCUACUAACAGUGGUGUUUACUUGUAACUUGUCACACUUGGACCCACGGGCAGAUAGAAAUGCUAAGCAAACGCAUAACACAAAGCCAUACUUAGAAAAGAUUAGCCUUAACAGAGACCCUGGACACCUGCCAGGCUUACUGAACAUUUCCAUAUUACCUCAAGUAGCACAUGGUUCACGUUCAGGGUCUGCGCUUUAAUUCAUUUUGUUACUCCUGACUCUUGCUUUCCUCCUCCUGAGAUGAAGUGUUUGUUCUCCUUCUUACUCACAUGUAGUAGCGUGUUUCUCAGAUGUUGUUUGAAAAGUUCGCUUUUGCAGGCUGUGUACAUAUUUUGUAAUUUUCAAGAAUAACCCCACACUAAAUUUAUUUUUUUUUAAUGACAGAAUAGUGACCUCUGACCUCUGUUGGCUGAAAGUUGCUGCUGUGUUGCACCUCUGACCACAUCCAGUCUGUGAUGACAAAGCAGGAAUUCAAUGGUUUCAUUCAUUGGGAAGUUGGAAAAAUAAGCAUGUGAUCAGACUGUAAACACCGUACUCGGUGUUUGUGCUCGGGUGGUCUUCAGUUUGGUAAAUGUGAUGUGAUGAUUACAUGUAAGGACGAAGAAGUAGCAGCACCUACUGCGACAUGUAGAUCAAAGUGAAUCAUGAACUCUUUUUUCGUGUUGAUCGGGUCAGUCUAAUUACUACAUAUAGUUUGUUACAAACGUUUAAACAUGGAAAUCCACAUGAUAGCCAGUGACCAAUGCAGCGGUUCAAACUUGUGGUGUGGGAUCAGUGCGCAACAAGCUGUAAGUUUCAGCCUCCAGAUGGCAGGAUCUGAGAGGGAUUUUAACCCCUAUUCAGUUACUCCUUAAACUGAAUGAGCCUUUUGUUGCUGCCUGUUAGAAAUUAAUUUUUUCAUCUCAGCCUCUGUUGUUUUGCUGCGAAAUCCAACGUGCUUACUAUGCACACAGUUACAUUUGGCUGCCCUUUUUUCUUUUUUUUUCUUUAAUCAGUGACCAUUAUAAAGUUAUAAUAAUCACACUAUUUUUCUUAUUUUGUGUGAAAUAAACAUAAGGUGUGUGGAUGGUUUGGUCUGAGCAGAUUUCAUCUUGUUUCUGUUUUGACACAUACAGUAUGUUACAGUUUCCUCCAAAUUCUGAUGUGUCUCCGUAGCUGCUGUAAGUGUUGGUGAAAACACUGCCAUGCUUUUCACAAACACACCAAUGUUAAUAACCAGUUUCUUUACCGUAAUUUGAAAUGGCCAGUAUGUGAUCAGUACCAACUAAUAUCAGUCAUUAGUCAUUCAAACCUGAUGUAGAUCACCCGACCAUGGAUCCACUGCCCCAUUUUUACUGUGUGAUGAGUCACUGCAGCCUGGCAGAGUCCUCCGCUGUCUCACUGCACUGUGAGGCCGAGACAAACAUCACUAUGACUGACAGACAUCAACAUGAAACCUUUGUACGCCUCAGUGAAUGGCUGCACCCGUUUCUAGCAGUCUACUUUAAAACUAGAAAAACAUGGUGGCUCAUCUGGAUUAAAAAUAAAAAAACUAAAAUAUUAUAUUUUGCAAUCCUUUUAUUUAGAGACAGAUUUAGUUUCUAUACACAGUGCCUUUGUUAAAUAGUGUGGAGGUCAUUGAAACUUCAAUGUGCAGUUUGUCAAGUGUCAAUCAUACACAUGGAAAUACUAAUGGGAUGUUCUAUCAUGAAUUUACUGUAGGACAAAGACUUGUAGAAUAUGUGAACUUUAUAUAUAUAUAAAUAUGUAGUAUUCAACUGUAAGUUUUGCUCUUUCUGCCUUUUCUCUUUUAUGUACUUUAUGACAUUCAGUCCUACAAAUGUAUAAGGGAACACAUGUAUAUGACACGGCUAAUUAAAUCGAAAUGUAGAUUGUCAAGUAGCAUUUAACAGCUUUUCCUGUAGAAUCUGGGCCAUUCAUUCAUUAUUUUGGCCAUUAUAUUGUGUGCCUAAAAACAUUCAUUUUCUUAAUUUGCAUUGUUUAAUCAGAAUAGUGGCAACAUCCUGUGACAAGUAGCAUUUGAGACCAAACAUUACAGACCUUCACCAAACCUCCUGUCUGCAUCUGUCCAUGUGUUGUCUAUGAUGGAAACAAUCUGUAAUCUCCAUUCAGAUUAUAUUGUGGAUUUCUCCUGUGGCUUCUCAUGUAACACUGUCCUUUGGAAAAGUGAUCCAGCACGGCAUUUUAAGCAUGUGUUCAUGUUAGUCUGUGUUGUGUGUCUCCCUAUAAUAAAUGCUAUGCCACCUCC